AUGGGACACGCCGGCCAGAAGGAUAACCCUGACAAUCAGUUCAAGUCCAUCCCCUUGGGGUUAUGGUGGGCUAUCGUGACGAUGACUACUGUUGGCUACGGGGAUAUGGCUCCCAAAACAUACUUGGGCAUGUUUGUGGGAGCUCUCUGCGCGUUGGCCGGUGUACUGACCAUCGCUCUCCCCGUGCCUGUCAUAGUAUCCAACUUCUCAAUGUUCUACUCACAUACUCAGCCGGGGUUGCGGGGUAAGCGAAAUGAGCCACUGCGACCUCAGCCCAGAGAAGGAAAAGGAACAGGGGGGUUUUUAGUCAGUAAGAGCCUGACACUCCCUCCCACCCGGCCCUGGGCGGGAGAAGUCAUAUGA